AUGGCGGCGGAGCCCUACCCCUACGACGAGCUGAUCAUGGAGCCGGCCGAGCCGUGGCCCUACCCCUACGACGAGCUGAUCAUGGAGCCGGCCGAGCCGUGGCCCUACCCCUACGACGAGCUGAUCAUGGAGCCGGCCGAGCCGUGGCCCUACCCCUACCCCUACGACGAGCUGGUCGUCAUGGGGCCGGAGCCCGAAGAGCCAUUCCCUUUCUCCGAUGACGUCUGGUGGAGGCAGUUGGAGGAGAAGGGCGGCCAGCCGUGGUCACAGUCCCAAGAAGAAGAGUUCCGGGAGCUGUUCCCCAUCCCGCUCCAAGAAGAAGAGUUCCGGGAGCUGUUCCCCAUCCCGCUCCCCGACGACGACGACGACGACAACCCUGCUGCUGCUGCUCCGGGUCAACCCGCUCCUCGGGCCCCGGCGUGGUGGCUUCCUCUGCCGCCGGCUGCGGCCGACGCCCACCAGCUCCCGCAACCGCCGCCGCCGGAGGAGCAGGGUCAUGCCGUCUUUGAUGCUGCUCCGCCGCAGGCGUGGGUUCCUCUGCCACCGGCUGCGGCCGGCGCCCACCAGCUCCCGCAACCGCCGCCGCCGGAGGAGCAGGGCCAUGCCGUCUUUGAUGCUGCUCCGCCGCAGGCGUGGGUUCCUCAGCCGCCGGCUGCGGCCGACGCCCACCAGCUCCCACAGCCGCUGCCGCCGGAGGAGGCCGGUUAUGAUGUCUUGGACGACCAGUGGAUGAUGCAAGAGGGCGGCGACGGCGAACCGUAUCAUUUCCUGCAGCCUCUGUCGCCGGUGGAGGAGGGUCGUCAUGACGUCUUGGACGGACAGUGGAUGCAAGAGGGAGACGACGACGGCGAGCCGUGGUCCCAGCUGUACUUGGCCCCGCCGCCGCCGGACGACCAGUGGAUGCAGCAGCUGCUCGACUAG